CGAUCAGCAAAACGUACGAGAGCAAUGUUUCAAUCAGGAACUGCAGCAAGCUCUAUCUUAGAGGAUGACGAAAGUCUACGAAUAAAGUUGCGUGUGAAAAUUCACGACGAAUACGAGGAUGCAAAAGAAUUGCCAAGAGCUUUGUUAGCACUGCAGGGAGGUCAAAAACGAUCUACUUCGCAAGCAGAGGCUAUCAGCUCCGAGGCUGCAGCUAAUGAUGCCACUAAUCUUUCAACAAACGGAGGUGCCGCACCAAUGCAAUUAGAUCGUGAUCAAUUGCCACAAAUAUCUGGAGGACACGCUUAUCCUUCAGCACCUGGUGUCACACUUUCUGAGGAUAAUGCGAUGGAAGCCCAUGUUUCUGAAAGUAGUAUACAGAGACUAGUAGAAAAUCUUCCACCAUCCCGAGCUCAGCAAGAAGCUGCCAAAACUGCACAUGGUGUA